AUGCAGACUCUUUCAAGGCAGUCUUUAGUUCAAACAAUGCGAAUAAAACGCGAAGCUGAGUUUUCGUGUUGCUCCUGUGGCAUAGGCCCUCAGGGCCCUAUCGGUCCAGCAGGUCCCGAUGGAGAACCUGGUGCUGAAGGAAAGCCAGGACAACCAGGACUACCUGGGCCAGACGCUGAGGACCACAAAGCUGUGCCCAAACCAGAAGAUUUCUGCUACGUUUGCGAGCCAUCCCCUCCAGGACCACCCGGACCUCCUGGCUUAAGAGGGCCACCAGGGCCAUUUGGUGAGAUAGGAGAGCGUGGACCAAUGGGAAAAAUAGGGCCACCAGGCCCAGCAGGACCAAUGGGAGUGUCUGGUUCAGAUGGAGAUUUGGGUGAACCUGGACCGCCUGGCCCACCUGGAACAACUCAAACGCUGUCAUCACCGAUGGGCGAAAUUGGGUUGGAAGGUCCAGAAGGGCCACCUGGCCCUCCAGGAGCUCCUGGAAGAGCUGGAAAUCCAGGAAUAUCUGGUUUGCCUGGAUUAGACGGUGAUCCUGGAAAUGAUGGACAUCCUGGUAUGGAUGGAGCCUUAGGCCCACCAGGGCAGUCGGGACAUAUCGGAAUGAGAGGAUCAUGUGGACACUGUCCCAUAGCUCGCACACCACCAGGCUAUUAG